AAUCAAAUGUCAGAUGAUCAGUAGAUAAUAAAAACACAAACACCUGCUGUCACACAAACAACGCUCCAAUCCCUCCUGCUGUAAUACUGACUGGCAGCUCGCUGCACCAAUCGGAGCCCGCUGCCUCACCGGUCUGGACCAAUCACGUAGCUCCUCGGCUGAACAGGGCGUGUUCCUGGAGCAGAGGACGCAGUGUCUCCGCCGCCAUUGAAGCUUCGUGUGUCUCGGGGACGAAUCCGCGUCCAUUCAUCCAGAUUCUUGUUUUCUGUGGACAGCAGCGAUGGUGUCUCACUCUCUGGCGCUGCCGAUGAUCUGCUUCACCACCCUGUGGGGGCUGGUGGGGGUCGUGGCCCCGUUUCUGGUGCCCAAAGGACCCAACCGGGGCGUCAUCGUCACCAGCCUCAUCCUCACAGCCGUCUGCUGCUACCUGUUCUGGUUGGUCGCCAUCUUGGCUCAGGCCAACCCUCUGUUCGGCCCUCAGCUGAAGAAUGAGACGAUAUGGUAUCUGCGCUACUUCUGGGAGUAAAGGUCUGUGCCAUGUGAUGCCUCCCAUCAUUCCUCACAACCCUCCUCUAGUUCAGUGGAUUUGAUUUCAACAUAACUCCUGAACAUUUAAAACUCCACAUCUCCAGUCUGCAAAACCGAUGGAAGAUUUCUUAUGUCGCUGCAUUUUUUUUUUUUUACUCAAAUUUCAGCGUCAGUCGUCUUUGCAGCCUUGAGGAAUAUUAAGUAUAGUGUGUAGCAUGUUUAACAUUUAGGCCGCAUCCAAACUACUACGUUUUUGUCUGAGAACACAUCAUCUCUGCGACGGAUGCGUCUGGUGUCCUGCGUCCGUCUGAACAAACAGAAACAACAUAGCCACGUGACGUGUAACGCCACGUGUGGAUGAAGCUUGUUUUAUGAAAACUCAGUAUUGUGGAUGUUGCCUCAGAGUUUAUUGGGACAUGUGUGUUUUAAAACAAGGUUGCACUCGAUGGAUUCGUGAGCGACUAUGAAGACUGUUUUAUUUUUCUGUCUCUCAGUGAAACCAUGACAUCCUCUGUCGGUUAUUAAUCUUCCCUCUCUGAAAUGUGCAAUCCUUAAACAUCCUGUGUUUUUGUUUACAUUUUCAGUUUUGUGUCGCUGCCGUCAGGGAACUUCUGAGUGUUUGUAUUUAUUUUGCCCGGUGGACGCUGACGUGAGCUGCAAUUACCUCAGUGUCGGCCCGGUCUUGUUAGAUGAUUGUGAUUAUUUGUGAUGUAAUGUCUUUGUGCGUGUGUGUGUAUGUUUGAAAUCACUGGGGUUGCUUGGCCCGCCGCCGUGAGAAUCUCUUUUAAAAAACUUUUUAGAACGUGAAGAGUGAUUCCCUCCUCUUUCGACCACUUAAGCACGAACCCCCCCUCCACAUUCCCCUCAUGCUCCACACUGCGGAGGUCCUCGUUGCCAUGGUGAUCUCGUCGCACAAUUCAGUCCCGCUCCCCCUCGACCCUCUGGUUUUUUUUUUUCUGCCUGUUCUCGUGUGCAACAGAUGUGUCGUGGGUCGCACUGCAGGGGCACGUUUUCCGAGCGAGGCUGCCAAUAGAUUUAACGACAUUUCCACUAUUUUAUUUUAGAUUUCACACCACACAGCCACCACCCCCCUGCCGACCUUUCAAACAGCAGCUUCACCAAACCCCCUCGUUUAAACUUGGCCUAAUGAAUUCUUUUGGGGGCUUCCAGCCCGUCGAGGCACAGUGACCCCCUCACGUCUUUUCAGCCGCAAAGGAGCAGCAAGAAAAGAUGCUUUUAGAAGUGUUCACAAAGCAACGAGAAAAAACUGCGUUUCACAAAAAAACACCUUCUGCAAUCCGCUGACUCAGAUCAGCCGAUAAACAGCAGCCGCGUGGUUUUCGGAGUGAUGAUGACACUUUAAAGUUUUGUCAUACGGCCGCAAAACAGCACAUUUAAUGAUCUCUCCUGAUUUUCUGUAUAUUUUAUUUAAUGUUUGCCUUGAAUAAGAUGCUGGUUUGUGACACACCUGCCUCCUCAGCUGCCGCCAUCACCACAACUGCACCUCCCUCGCCCCAUAUCCAACCCCGAGAACCCCGUCCUCUCUCCUUACUUCCUUCCUCCCUUCCUUGACACUGUCCCUCCCCUUCUUCCAAACCACUUUGCUUCAGCCAAAAAGAAAAAAGAAUCAAAGCCAAUAUACAGCUACUUUUUAGAAAGACCAAAUUGCGUUGUAUCUUUUCCUCCAGCCCUCUUUGGUAGUUGUGUUGGUGGCGUGCAUGUAAAAGUGAACACACAGGAGGGUUAACAUCAGCGUGCUGUAGAGUCCGUCAGUAAAGAGAAGACCUGCAUCAAAUAGGGUGUGACCACAUCUGAUCGUAUCUGGAAAUAAAGAUGGACGAUACAAAAAUAUUCCAGAUACAAACUCUACCACUGACAACUGAGACCGACUUUUGAUUGGCCAGUGUAUCAACAGGACCCUGAUACCAUGGCUCCACUUUCUGAUCACGACUGCGCAAAAUAUUCCAGAUGCGAACGCCGUCAUCUUACGGAACUGGAGCCGACGUUUCGUCCAUCUUUAUUUACAGUCUAGGGAAAGCUGACUUUGACGCUUGCUGGUGUUUACUUUCAGUCCCAACCAAGAAGCUCAUUUACUGAUCAGGACCUUUGGUGAGACGUUAACAUGCAGGGCCACAAACGACAGAGCUGGUGGAGUCAAAACAAAUCCAAUCCCGGGUCCAGUGACUCCGGCUCUCCCUGCGUGGUUCUUCCUGAGCAUCGGUCCAGACAGCGAUUUACUUUCACUUCGUUUCCUCUUAUCAGGGUCGCAAACCAUUAACUGCCGGUCGUCACAGGAAUCCACAAACAAUGUUGUGUGUUGAAGUUUGUUUCCUAUUUGAAUCACAGUCUACGUCCAGAGGGACAGAGUCACAUUAUCUGCGAGUCAUUGGAGAGCAAAUUAUUCUCACUUGUUAAGUGUUAAAGAGAGCGAACAGUCCAGACUGGACAUGAACCCGUCCGAACACGUUGGGUGUGAACCUGCCAUGAAAAUGUGAUGAUUUUCUUUUCCGUUUCUGGUUCUUUUGGAAACCAGCUGCUGUUUUAUUGGUUAAAUUAUUCCUGGCAACGUAGAUGGAGAGAGAUUUGUGCGUGUGUGUGUGUGUUCAGAGUCACCAUGGUAACAAAAUCUACUAAAUGACAGAUCUAAUUGUUGGUGCAGAUGAGUUCCUUCAUGUGACCUUGUAUUAGUGUGAAGUGCUUCUGUGUGAGUGGCAUCAUAUUUGAAACACCCAAUAAAAGACACUAUAUGUCUCA